AUGGCCGCUAUGGAUGCUUCAAAGUUGCUUGCCAUUGCGGACGAAUUCCUGGCCGGGGCCGUAGAGCCCAAUGAGAAAGAAUAUGAAUUGUUUCAGUUGACAACAUCUGACGAUGUACAACAUUGCAUUCAUCAAAUCCAGUCAACACGGCACCUGAAGCAGAACAUGAUCAACAUGAAACGGAUAGACCCCUUUCUCACCGGCAUGGAACAUUUUGAGAAGGUCCUAAUCGCCCUCAAGUUCGAGGACGUUCCGAAGAUCAUGGCCUGCAUUUGGGGCCCGCUUCGCUUUCUCCUGGAGAUAACGAACCUUACGGACAGAGAGAUUGACAAUUUGCUCGAAGCAUACAAGAAGAUCGGGAAGCAACUGCCACGAUUCUACGAAUAUCAUACAGGCUCCAUGUUUUCUCUCCCCGAAAGAACCAAGAUCUACAAGUCCGCCUGGAGAGAAUUGAAUGUCACUAUUGAUCAUCUGCUUGGUGCGCUAGAAAAGCAUGACGAGUUCAUUCGAAAAUCCGGUUCAUCGUUCCGGAGCGGCUCAGCAACACCAGAUAUGGAUUCCGACAGCACAACGGAACAGGCUUGCUCGGGGAGUGAUCGAGACAGGGAGCGCAUUGCGGACGAUUUCUCAAAUUACAUGAUUAAUCUCAGAAGAUAUCGAGAGAACUUCGAAGAGAGCGAGAAGGAGAGGAAAGAACAAGCAAAAAGAAGAGUUCUGGCUUGGAUCUCUGCCUCGAAGAAGACGGACUCGCUCCACAGGAAAUUCCAGGACACACGAAUAUGUCCCGGUACUGGCCGUUGGCUGUUCAAAAGAUACAGAAACGUCAGCCAUUGGAUGAAAGAAGAACAGCCGCCGGAGUCUGCCCUUUGGCUUCAAGCCAGUCGGGGCUUUGGCAAAACAAUCUUGGCGUCCUUGCUGAUCGAUGAGUUGGGCGAACUGAGGACAAAGGAAAUCUACGGGGUUCCUCCAGGAGCCAAGAUAUACCAUUUCUAUUGCCAAGAAGAAGAUUCGGAGCACCGCACUCAUCUGGAUAUUUUGAGAGGUAUUCUGCACCAGAUGGUCGAUGCAAACGAGGAGCUUUUGCCCUUUUGCAUCGACAAAGCUCAGUCGACAGGAAACCCAAGUCUAUCAGACACGCAAACAGCCCACUACCUCAUCGAGGCCUUUGUUGAAUACAAUACCCGACAAUAUAUCAUCAUUGAUGGUAUAGAUGAAUGCGAGACUAGCGAAGUGCGCGAGAUGGCGAAAUACUUUCUGGGACAGGUUACAAAGCGGAACAAAGACACCCAGGAGAGCCAAUUGAGGCUGUUGUUCAUGAGCCAACCGAUAGCGGAGCUGACGAGAGAUGGUUUCAUGCCAGAUGGCGAUGCUCGUGUGCAGCUCAAGGCGACGGACAAUGCGGAAGACAUCAAGUUCUACGUGAAGAAGAGACUUGUGGACUUUUCUAAGGGGCACGCAACACGAAUCGGGUUCAACCUUUCCGAAAGCGACAAAGACCAGAUUGAGAGCAGCGUCUGCCACAGAAGCGAAGAAAUGUUUCUUUAUGCCCACCUGGCCAUUGAGUAUCUCCUGCAGCAGCCGACUAAAGAAAAGUUGAAAGAGAAGAUGAAAGAGGAUAUGGCUCCCAAGGAGCUUUCACAAAUAUACGAGAAGCUGCUGGGCAUAGUCAGAGCCGAGUUGUUGAGCCUGACAGAGGGGCAGGCUCAUUGGGACAUGGCCAAACAGCUUUUAGGCUGGCUGGUCUGCGCAAAACGUCCAUUGAGAUGGCACGAGAUGCAGUCUAUCUUAUCAUAUAAUCCAGACCAGCAAAAGGUCGAUUUCGACAACAGAAUGCUUCGACAGGAUGCUAAUAAGUAUCUUGGAUCACUGGUUCAAGUCCUUGAUGGUGGGCAUUUUAGGAUUGUUCAUUCCACAGCGCGAAGGUACAUCAUCCAGAACCGGUAUAUCAACGACCAGGCAGUCUACUGUGAACUUGCAGUUAUCUGCCUGAGAUAUUUGUGCCUGCUGACUGAAUCGAAUCACUACGACGACGAAGAGCGGCGAGAGAAAGUGAAGCUCGGCUGGUUCUCAUUCCAAGAUUAUGCAUGUUCUCAAUGGCACAGCCACAUCAGCACCGUAAUUGAAAUGUGCAGCGACCUCUUCUACGACACAGGAUAUGGACAGAAGUACGGCACCAUGUUUGGUGCUGCGCUACAGGAGUUCAUGAACAAACAUGGCGCUGAUAUGGCGAAGAGCCAACACCAGGACAUUGAGAGCCAAAUGCCGACCGCACUCACUAGGUUCUCUCGCCUACCAUUCUAUGACAAUCUUUGCAAUCUGUGGAAUCAUAUCUACACCCAUCAAAAGGGCGAAUAUGAAGUUCGCAACACCGUUGGAAUCAAAUGCGUUGAUCAAGCCCUUCUAGGGAACAGGACCUUUUUGGAACGCUUCAACCCGCAGAUGGAGGCCUACCAUGAGGAUACCAUAGAGGAUUACUAUGGCCCGAAUCUCUUCAAGUGCAAGCGCCUCCUAUGUAGGUUUUUCUACGUGGGAUACGACAAAAUAGACGACCGCGAAGCCCACGACAGCCGCCACGACCGGGCCUUUCAUUGUCCUCUGCGGUGCAAUGCCGCCCCCGUCGGAUUUCGCAACGAAAAGGACCAGCAGAAGCAUGUGCGCAUCUAUCAUCCCGAGCAGAUCAAGGAACCUUCUGUCUUUGAGCCUAUGCGCCCGAGAAACUCCAAGAGGACUUUCCGGUGUAGUAUGUGCAAUAAGAUGUUCACUCGCAAGAGUACGCUGAUUGGGCACGAAUACAGCCAUCUUGGGGAGAGGCCGUACAAGUGCCCGAGUUGCGGCAAGGCUUUUGCAAGGUCUAGCGACUGUAAAAGGCAUCAGAAGAGCCGUGCACAUAGGGCAAUGGGGUCUGGUAGGUAG